AUGCCUCCGCGAGAGCUACCCGGCUUCUACUUCGAUCAAGCGAAGAAUCGCUACUUCCCGCUAUCUAUGAGGCCAAAGCCUGCUGAGGUUUACCCGGGAGCAUCUUCUGUACCAGCGAAUGCACCAUCUACUGCUUCCAGUCUUCGCUCUGUCGUACCGGCGAAACGCUCUCGCCCUGGUUCUAGCUCGAGAGCUGACCCUGCGGCGCGCCAGCGUUCCGACGAAGAUGCGAAGGACAACGCUAGCACACGACCUAUUGCUGCUACGACCUCUGAUAGACAUCAUGCCCUGAGACGCACAUGCUCGGGACCGACGAUGCGUCGCGAAUUUCACUCGAUGGACAUGGUUCAUCUCGCGAAGACCUCAGCUUGCCUCACACUCUGCCCUGCUGGAUCUGCUCUUGGUGCACCUAUCACGGCACUCCACGCGGGGUUGAACACAGAUACGGAUAGGAUCACACUCGUGACGGGCGACGCGGGUGGAUUCGUCAAUAGCACGACAGUACCUGCGCAGCAGUUCAUACGGCCGGAUACGGAUGCACAGAACAUUCAAGAUGCAUGGACGUUCGAGUGUGCGAUGAACUUAACCGCUCCCAUCCUGAGAGUACAAGGAACAGGAGACCGAUGGAUGGCGAGCUCAUACCAUGGAGAGGCAUUCACCAUGUUUAUCAAGACCAUCCAAAGCGAUCAAGGCGUCAUGGUUGCGUACAACCGUCUACCAGACGUCUGGACCUCGGACUUGGUCGACAAGCGGGUAUGCCUAGGCUUGCACAAGCGCGCAUCAAUCAUAUCCGACAUCGAACGGACGGACUUGGCGCUGAGCCACUAUACCACAGGAUCCGACGUGCUCUCAGUAUACCAGGAGAACCAUCUUCUAUACACCGGCCUCCGCUCUUCAUCACUCCUCCGCUUUGACCUCCGCGAACCGCGCCUGUCAAAGCCCCCACCACCUAUCCUCACCACCUCAUCCUCAAUCACCACUAUCAAGCGCGUACGACAACACGAGCUUCUGGUCGCAAGCAUGGACGGCGCGCUCACUCUAUACGAUACGCGCUUCACCUCGCCUCAUCGGCAAACCGAGCCGGUGACAUCUUUCCGCGGGCAUGUCAACGCGUACAAGCACAAUCUGCCCGUGGCGCUCACUCCCUCGCACGAUGCUUUAUUCGCUGCGGGUCUGGACGGCCGCUUAAGAGGGUGGUCAACGCGCACAGGACAAGCUUUCUCGGCUGGUAUCAACACAGAGGACACGCCACUGUUCUACACUGCACCGCCCAAAGGUUCAGUAUCGCUAUACACCCGCGCACACGCUAUAGACGUCAACCCGUUCGAGACGCGGUUCAGCGAGCCUCUGAACGCACUAGACGUUCUCGAGAUCGAAGGGCGGACGUACUUGCUCGGUGCAGCAGGCAACAGAGUGCUCAGAUGGAACUUAGGUCACAGACCUGGCUUCGAAUACUGA